AUAAAACGCAGGACGGACACAACAAAAAGGUGUACAAGAGACUAGGCCCACGAGCCCAACUACCCUCUCAGUAAUUCCCGUUGCGCCGACAUUGCAUAGUGGGUUGUUCCCAAUUGAAAUCAACUCCGAUUCCCUUCCUCGUUCUUCCAGGGAGGCGGCCAUGGAAGACAGUUUCAAAGUCCGCGUAGACAAGAUCUUCGGCUCCUUAGCUUCUUCAACACCACCCGCAACAGCAACAACAAUUUCGUCCUCUUCUCUCUGGUCUCUCACGGACGACGAAAUCCAGAAGAGAGAAUGGAUCCGUGACAAGACCAUCCCCGAACCCGAGUUCGAAUCUUUCUUCUGCAACUCCCAUGGUAAAGGGUUGCAAAAAUUCAAUAGUCCUAUGGAACUGAGGGACGAGCUGGAGAGGGACCUCGAAGACCUUGACGAUGAUGACGCUGGUGAUGAACCCCAGCGGCGACCGUCGAAUAAACCGGAAGACAACGACGAUGAAGAGUGGAACAUUAAGUCUAGUAUUGGCCAAGACUGUACUUUGGAUUACGAGGAAGACAGAGAUGAAUACGACAAACUGGCUAUUGGCGGGGAAAAGGCUGAGCAUCGGUUGUACAUGAGGGAUGUAACGGAUUAUGCUAUAGACGUAGAUUCUUGCAAUGAGCUUCCCGAUUCUUUUGAGGAAGUUGCUAGGGACCCGCGGGCGAAUCACUUGGCUGCAAAACUUAGGCUGAGAGAGGAUGCAGAAGCCGCUCAGAAAAUCGAUUCUUUGCGGGUCUCCGAGAAAGAUAUAACGGGAGGGGAACAUCUUCAAAUCAACACAUCUGAGGGCGGUGUUAACCUGAAAUCUAUUCUCAAGAGAAAGGAGGCUCAAUUGGAUUCGAAGUCAGAAAAACGUGUCCGGUUUGAACUCGAGUAUGAAGAUGAUUGUAAUGGAGGUGUUUGCAAUGAGGCUAACUUUUCCACUCAAUGCUAUUCUUCUGCAGUUCCGGAUUAUGUACGAAAUCCUUCGAAAUAUACACAUUACACUUUUGACUCAUCAGCCGACAUGGAUGAAGCAUCUAACAAGCAAGCCUAUAUGGACUUUCUCAAGCUGAUAAAGAGGUCAAAUAAUUUCCAAUCACAGCCAGAUGCUUUCAUUGAUCUACCCGCUGUCACGUUUAUACCAAAAAGAAAAACGGAUGAUACUAUAAUGGCCAAGAAACCCGCUGCUGCUUUGAGGCAGAACGAGAAGGAUGCUGUUGGAAGUAAGUUUCUGCAUAGGAGAGAGUUGCCUACUGGAAUUGCAGCUGGGGACGUGGAAGCCGGUGAAGUUUGUGCAAUGGAGGAAGAUGAAACGGAGCCGGUAGCUGAUGGAAGAAACAGUUCGCAGAGACUGGGCCGAAACUAUAGGACCAAAUCUGUUGUUUGACUUUGAUCACCUUAUGAGCUCAAGCAUUGAGCAUGGCCUUGAAAACCUCUUUUUACCUGGUGUUUAGAUGGUAAGCUCUGUAACCUAGUUAAUAAAAAUAAUUUUUAUUCUAUUAUUAACCUUGUUUCGUGUGGCCUGACGAUGAACGUGCAUGUUGUUCUUUGAAUAUUUUGGAUCUGUCCGUCUUCAGCUAAA